UAAGAACGUUUCUGCGGAACAAUUUGAUACAUUUAACAAGACGAUUAAGUGUUGAAUUUCAGAUUUAUCUCAGUAUCACUCGCCUCUCACUGUCUCAGUUCAUCGGUGAUGCCCUUAUCCCAUCUUGGUUAACAACACGUCUCAGUCCUCACCCGGAAGCUCGCGAAUCCUAACUCUAAACUCUAUACCGAAGAAACCCAGAAAACAAAAUGAGCCCUUAAUCUUUUCAAUUGAAUCGUCAGUCUCACAGAGACCACACCAGGGAGGUUCUUCAUCACUUUGAUCGAGUGAAAGAAGUUGAGCAAGAGGUAGAACAUGCCCAAGGUAAAGACUAAUCGUGUCUACUACCCGGAAGGCUGGGAACUGAUCGAGCCUACUCUACGUGAACUGCAAGCAAAGAUGAGAGAAGCUGAGAAUGAUACUGAUGAUGGUAAGAGAAAAUGUGAAACAUUAUGGCCCAUUUUCAAAAUAGCACAUCAAAAGAGCCGCUAUAUCUUUGAUCUUUACCAUCGGAGAAAUGAAAUUUCCAAGGAAUUGUAUGAAUUCUGCCUAGACCAAGGUUAUGCUGACGGCAAUCUGAUUGCAAAGUGGAAGAAGCCUGGUUAUGAACGCCUCUGCUGUUUGAGGUGCAUGCAGCCUCGGGAUCACAACUUCGCCACCACAUGCGUCUGCCGAGUGCCCAAGCAUCUAAGGGAGGAGAAGGUCAUAGAGUGUGUGCAUUGUGGCUGCAGGGGCUGUGCCAGUGGAGAUUGAUUUCUGGUCUCUUCUUCAAACUUAAAUCCUUUUGUCUAGACUAUCCUUGGUAUGAUGUAUGCCUUUAACAGACCUUGAACCUUUUCAAGCUGGGACUUGUAUUAGUAUGUCUUCGGUCUUCUCUUGCAAGAUCAAAUUGUUGUGAUAUUUAACUAACUGCAACUUGAAAGCUAAAAAAAAGUAUGACUUGCAUGAUUUGAUUUGUUUGUCAUGGGUUUGCUUAUUGAUUAUUUUGUUUGAAUACAUGUGGAUCCUUUUUGUUUUCUCGUCAGAUUGUUAGCGAAAUUGGUAGUACGUUAAUGUACCGAUAUGCCAAGUAGACUGUAGACUAAUUUGAUUCAGAAACGGAUUGAUUUCAUUUACUGGUAGAUGAGCUUGAAACCAUGUAGAACCAAGUAUGCUGGAUAGAACUCCCAUUUUAAGAUUCAGUCGUUCAG